AUGCAGGAAGAAAAGAAGCAAAAAGAAGAGGAAGAUGCAUUAGCUCAAAUGCCAAGUUAUGCAAAGUUAUUGAAGGAAAUUCUAUUAAAGAAAAGGCGAUUAGAUCAGAAUGAAACAGUGAUGCUUACUGAGGAGUGCAAUGCCAUUAUCCAAAACAAGAUGCCUCAGAAAUUGAAAGAUCCAGGGAGUUUUACUAUACCAUGCAUGAUUGGAAAUUGUGAAUUUAAUAAAGCUCUUUGUGAUCUAGGUGCUAACAUAAAUUUGAUGCCAUAUUCUUUGUUUAAAAAGCUAGGCCUUGGUGAAAUUAAGCAUACUUCUGUUUCGUUGCAACUUGCUGACAAGUCUACUAAACAUUCCAUAAGAAUGAUAGAAGAUGUCCUUGUUAAAGUUGCUAAAUUUAUUUUUCCUAUGGAUUUUAUUGUGCUUGAAAUGGAAGAGGAUAGGGAAAUACCGUUGAUUUUAGGAAGACCAUUCCUUGUAACAAAUAAAGGGUUAAUUGAUCUUGAGCAAGGUAAGUUAACUUUGAGAAUAGGGUCUGAAGAGGUGAAUUUUAAUGUUUUUCAGACUUCUAAAGGAUUGAAUCAUGAUGACUCUUGUUUAAGAAUUGAUGUUCUUGAUGAUUGUGUGGAUGAAUAUGUUGAUGGUUUGCAUGAGCCAUUAGAUGAAGAACUACUGAUUAUUGAAAGUGGUGACAUGCAGGAACUGGAACAUGCACAAAACACUAUUAUAAAACCCAAUGGAACUGAUUAG